UGCUGGCACGCCUCCCAUUUACACACGAACCGCGGCUCAGAGAAAUACACCUUUCCUAGAAGCCGCACACCUAAGAAGAUUCCAUUCUCCGAUUGGAACUCUGACCUAUUUAACUCCAAAAACUAGUCAUAUCUGGGAGAGUUUUGCAUUAACUGCUCAGAGAAAACAAGACCGUCUGUCUGCAAAACCCAAGCCUAGGAGAGGGGUUUGGAUGUUGUAUAAGGCAAUUUUCAGACACUCCCUACAGUGGCGUUAGCGACAGCGGGACCUGUCCUUCAGCCUCGGACUACUGGCGGGUUCUUGCCUGGUGUUAGCCAAGUGCUAGUGGAGACACAGUUGUGGUGAGACUCUAAUCUGCAGUGACUCCAACCUUGCCGGGGAAGUCAUGUCGGAGCAGCAGCGGCAGGGCGCCGAGCGCGACCUCUACCGGGACACGUGGGUGCGCUACCUGGGCUACGCCAAUGAGGUGGGGGAGGCUUUCCGCUCUCUGGUUCCUGCAGCUGUGGUGUGGUUGAGCUAUGGAGUGUCCAGCUCCUAUGUCCUGGCCGAUGCCAUAGACAAAGGCAAGAAGGCAGGAGAGGUGCCAAGCCCUGAAGCAGGCCGCAACACCAGAAUGGCCCUGGCUGUGGUCGACACCUUUGUGUGGCAGUCUCUGGCCUCUGUGGCUAUCCCAGGCUUCACCAUCAACCGUCUGUGUGCUGCCUCUCUCUAUGUCUUGGGUACUAUGACCCACUGGCCCCCGACUGUCCGCAAAUGGACCACCACCACACUUGGACUGCUGGCCAUCCCCGUCAUAAUCCACCCCAUCGACAGGUCAGUGGACUUCCUCCUGGACUCUAGCCUGCGCAAGCUGUACCCGUCAGUGGAGAAGCCCAGCACCCCCUGACCCUGCCCUGUGCCUUGCCUGGGGUCGGCCCACUCACAUCAAAGAAUGUGGAUACGUGGCUGUUUGGGGUCCAUGGCACUGCCAUCUGGGUGGGUUCACAUUGAUGGGAGCUUAGAGAUGAAGGCCCUGAGGAGUAGUGGCAGUGAGUUCCGAGGUGGGACCCAAUCCUGUCUGCAUCAGUGGCCACGGUUGUGCUGAGUGGGAACGAACCCUGGCUGGGCUUGUCUUUUGAAAUCUUUUUUUUAAAAGUAUUUAUUUUAUAUGUAUAAGUGUUUUACUUGCAUGUCUGUAUGUAUGUGCAGAACCCUUAGAGGUUAAAAGAGGUGAUUAGACCCCUCUGGAACUGGAGUUAGGGAUGGUUGUGAAUCACCAUGUGGGUGCCGAGAACUGAAUCUGGUUCUUCUGCAAGAGCAGCAAGUGCUCUAUUCACUAAAGCACCUCUCAGCCCCAGGCCCUGCUGAUGGGGAGUUAUGUCCUCCUAUGGGAGAGAAGAGUACUAAGGCCAUUAUAUCCUCCCAUGGGAGAGAAGAGUACUAAGGCUCUUAUGUCCUCCCACGGGAGAGAAGAGUACUAAGGCCCAGAGAGGGCGGGGAAUACUCCUGAGAUCAUGGGACAAGUGAGAGCCAGUCUUCUGGCUAUUCUAAGUCACUUUGUGGUAGUGUGGCUGAGUGACUUAGGGAAAGAUACAGAGGUACAGCAUUUGGGACACUCAGGGCAGAGUCUCUGGCCAGCCUGUUCCUGAUGCAGGAGCUUCUGGGCCUGGUUGAGAGGCAGGACAAUCACAACCCAAGUGCUAACCUAAUAAAACUUUCAAAAAUGGCA